AUGGAAAUCUCCAUCCCUGGAAAAGGCAUCGGGACAGCUCUGCUCUGCUGCUGCCUCCUGAGCUCUGUGUGGGCUCUGGUUGACCCUGAUGAUGUUCUUACAAAAGAAGAGCAGAUCUAUCUUCUGGUGGAAGCUAAGGAGAAAUGUCAGAGGGACAUAAAAGCCCAACUGGAGAAGAUUAAAGACCCCAGCUGCCUUCCUGAGUGGGAUGGGAUUAUCUGCUGGCCAAAGGGCUCUCCCAGCCAGGAGGUCUCAGUGCCCUGCCCUGACUACAUCUAUGACUUCAACCACCAAGGUCAUGCCUACAGGUACUGCAGUGCCUCUGGGACCUGGGCCAUGGCUCUCAGCACCAACAAGACCUGGGCCAACUACACCGAGUGUGCUCUGCUCUUCUCCUCCGAGCGCCGGAGGCGUGAGAAGGAGGUGUUUGACCGUCUGCACCUGAUGUACACCACUGGUUACUCCAUCUCCUUGGCUUCCCUCAUCGUUGCUGUCUGCAUCCUCUCCUACUUCAAGCGUCUGCACUGCACCCGCAACUACAUCCACGUCCACCUCUUCACCUCCUUCAUCUGCCGGGCUCUGAGCAUCUUUGUGAAGGAUCUGGUGCUCUACUCAGGCACUGAGGCAGAAAAGAUGAGGGAGGAUGACUUCAGGGCAGAAAUGGGACCCUCAGCAGGACAACGGAGCCACCUGGUUGGCUGCAAGGUGGUGGUGACUUUUUUCCUCUAUUUUCUGGCCACCAACCACUACUGGAUCCUGGUGGAAGGUCUCUACUUGCACAGCCUGAUCUUCAUGGCCUUCCUCUCUACCAAGAACUACCUCUGGGUCCUCAUCAUCAUUGGCUGGGGUCUCCCUGCUGUGUUUGUGUCUGUCUGGGCCAGUGUCAGGGCUUCCCUGGCAGAUACACAAUGCUGGGACCUCAGUGCUGGGAACAUGAAGUGGAUUUAUCAGGUCCCUAUCCUGGCUGCCAUCGUGGUGAACUUCUUCCUCUUCCUCAACAUAGUCCGGGUGUUGGCUUCCAAGCUUUGGAGACGACCACAGGGAAGGGACCCCAGGCAGCAGUACAGGCAACUGCUGAAGUCCACGCUGGUGCUGAUGCCACUUUUUGGGGUCCAUUACGUGGUGUUCAUGGCCAUGCCCUACACUGAAGUCUCUGGGCUCCUCUGGCAGAUCCAGAUGCAUUAUGAGAUGCUCUUCAACUCCUCUCAGGGUUUCUUUGUGGCUUUUCUCUACUGCUUCUGCAACGGGGAGGUAAGUCAGGGGCUGAGCUCCCUCUGGCAGCCCCUGGAAGGUUGGGGAAGUUAA